AAAAGUUGGGAAGGAAUGAAUGGUGAUUCCCAGGCUUUGUGUUCUGAUUCCCUGAAUUCAAACCCCAAACAAGGCCUGUUUUCCAACACCAGGGAGCUAUUCAUGGACUCUCCUAAUCAGAACAGUUCUGGGUUGUUGAGGUUCCCGUCAGCCCCGGGUUCUUGCUUUGAGAAUCUCAGCCAUGGAGUUGACAAGAAUGGGGAUAACAGUACUGGGAAUGAUGGGUUGGAUUCAAAAUUCAAUCUUGGUUUGAUUAAUGGCUCUGCUGUUCUGAAUUCACAGUUGCCACCUCAAUAUCCAUGGAAGAUCCCAGGUAGUGUGAACUUAGUGGAAACGGAUCAUUCUGGGCAGCCCAAAUUGGUGUCCAGUUUCAUGAGACAGAAUAGUUCACCUCCUGCCCUAUUCUCACCUCAAAAUGGUUAUGCCCGGUUGAGGGGUGAUCUUGGUGGCUGCUACAGAGUGGGAAAUGGUAUUAAUGGAGCCUCGAGCCGUUGUUUGAGUAGGCUGAAGCCUCAAAUGAGUAAUUUGUCUCAAAUCACAGAAGUUGAGAAGAAGAGCUAUGCGGGAAGUGUCACUGAUGAUGAUGAGAAGCCUGGAAAUGGCAAUUCAGACACUCGGUUUUACAGUUCUGAAUUCCCCUUUAGUUCUUGGAGUGACUCUCCAGCAGUAUUUUCACAAGGCAAAACAUUCAAUAAUGCCGACACUCAGAUCGGAGACCUUGGACCUCGGCCCCAGAUUUUGUCACAUCACUCGAGUUUACCAAAAACAUUGCAAUUACAACAAAGUGUUCCUUGUAAGAUCCGUGCCAAACGAGGCUGUGCAACUCAUCCUAGAAGCAUUGCAGAGAGGGUAAGAAGAACGCGGAUCAGUGAAAGAAUGAGAAAGCUACAAGAACUUGUUCCAAACAUGGACAAACAAACCAACACGGCAGACAUGCUAGAUUUGGUGGUGGAAUACAUCAAAGACCUCCAAAAACAAUACAAGAGCCUCGAUGAAACUCGAGCCAACUGCAAAUGCUCCGCUAUGCAGGCGCCCCUUUCAAAUCGAACGGUGUGAUUUGCUUCUGCCAAAUUGGAAUGGAGAAGAAACAAAAGAGAGUUGGGGAGUCUGUCUUAGUGUUUUCUUCUUGGAAGUUUUAGAAGAAGUCAGGUAAUAGAUUAUUUGAAAUGAUCAUACCCAUAAGAUGAUAGAUGUUGUAAUACAAUGUCAAGUAGGAAUAAAAUUAGUGAGAAAUUAUUAGAAAAAGUGUGGAUUAGUUGCUAGUAUAGGAUAUGCAUUAUUUCUUUUCCCUUUAGUGCAAUAAAAUUCUUUAUAGACUCUAUUACAAUGUAAU